AAAGGCCUGCCCCACCAUGCCUGCCUGUCUCAUGUUAAUGGAUUCCCUAAACAUAUCGAGUUGCAUCUUGAUUUAGGGGAGAGAGAUGGGUUAUCUAAAGUCCAGGAUGGGGGAUGAUGUCACCGGGAAGGUCGUGUGAGCCCCAACCUGAGCAAGGCAAAGGAGAGUGGGUGCCUGCUGGAACAGCACUCUGGGAAGAGGGCUCAGCAUGUGCAAAGCGCGUAGGAUCUUCGACCCACCAGAGGAGCUGGAAUGCAAGGUGUGGGAGCUGGCGCGGCUGAUGUGGCAGUCCUCCACUGUGGUUUUCCACACUGGCGCAGGCAUCAGCACCGCCUCCGGCAUCCCCGACUUCAGGGGCCCCCAUGGCGUGUGGACCAUGGAGGAACGAGGCCUCGCCCCCAAGUUUGAUACCACCUUUGAGAAUGCCCGGCCCUCGAAGACCCACAUGGCCCUUGUUCAGCUGGAACGCAUGGGCUUCCUCAGCUUCCUGGUCAGCCAGAAUGUAGACGGGCUACAUGUGCGCUCGGGCUUCCCCAGGGACAAGCUGGCCGAGCUGCACGGAAACAUGUUUGUAGAGGAGUGCCCCAAGUGUAAGACGCAGUACGUGAGAGACACAGUCGUGGGUACCAUGGGCCUCAAGGCCACUGGCCGGCUCUGCACCGUGGCCAAGGCGAGGGGACUUCGGGCCUGUAGAGGGGAGCUGAGAGACACCAUUCUGGACUGGGAGGACUCGUUGCCUGACCGGGACCUAACGCUCGCUGAUGAGGCCAGCAGGACUGCAGACCUGUCUGUCACCCUGGGUACCUCACUGCAGAUCCGCCCCAGCGGGAACCUGCCCCUUGCCACUAAGCGCCGAGGAGGCCGUCUGGUCAUUGUCAACCUGCAACCCACAAAACAUGACCGCCAUGCUGACCUGUGCAUCCACGGCUACGUGGAUGAGGUGAUGUGCAAGCUCAUGAAGCAUCUGGGGCUGGAGAUCCCCACCUGGGAUGGACCCCGAGUGCUAGAGAAAGCCCUGCCACCGCUGCCGCGCCCAGUAGCACCCAAGGCUGAGCCCCCUGUGCAUCUCAAUGGUUCCUAUAAGCCCAAGCCCGACAGCCCUGUACCCCACAGGCCUCCCAAAAGAGUGAAGACAGAGGCUGCCGCCAGCUGACCCAAGUGUGUGGGGCGGGACGGGUGCUUAAAGAAACCACACAUGUUGGGGGUUCUUUGUUUUUUAUAUCCUGGGGACUAAACCCAGGUUUGCAUAUCCCACACCCCGGCCUCUUUUCAGAUUUUCCUUUGAGGCCAGGGUUCCCUAAAUCUCUCAGGCUGGCCUGGAACUCACUACUGUAGCCCAGGCUGGCCUGGAGCUAGCCCUGCCCACCUCAGCCUCCACUGUAGCAGGGAUGGCGGGCAGACACCCAAUGUUCAGCACAGUUCCUUCCGAGUCUCACUGUGUCCCUUGUCUGGGUCCUUCUGAGGAAUCUCAGGGCAAGGGGAGUCCCACGCAUGAGGAAGAGGCUGUGCCCUGAGGAUGCACGUGCCUCUCCACCCAUCACACCCCACUCACGACUCAGGAUGUGCCUGGAGCGGCAGCCACACACUCCACACACCACUGCUGCCCCCUGCACUCACCCCUGACCCUGACACAGAGCCACCAGGGACCCAUCUAUGCAUAGGAGAGACAAGGGCCCACCAGGCACCCAUCUGUGCUAAGGGCCCCAGGCUUCCAGAAGCUCCCAAUGCAAUAAAUACAAAAUUCAUUUCAUUCAUUUA